AAAUAAGAAGGAAGGAAAGAAAAAGAGAAGGAAGACACAAGCACGGCAGACACAGUGACAGCGGCAUCUUUCUUUCCCCCGUUUUUACCAAUACCGGGAUGGAGGGAGAAAGGUGGUCACAUAAUCUUGCGCCCCACAUUAACUCCUGUGUUGUUGAAUCCCUAUGCAACAUAACCGACGUUUGCUUCCUCCGUGAGAGUCUUUACACAAUCCAAACCCAUUUGGUGGUCCACUUGUUGGUCUAAAAGUUCCUUAAAUCUUGCCCGUCUUCAUCACCACCAUCGCUAAAAGCUCGAGCUGAUAGUACUGUGCACUCCAAUGAUAUGCUACCAACGGUGUAGCCCCUUGAAUUUUCGGCCAGCAAAUGGAGAAUCCCAUCACCCGAAGUUGCGCUCAUCAUAUCUGGUUUGCGAUUCUCGUCUCUUUCCUCUUGUUCUCUAUUCUUCUCUGUUUUGAUUACUCCGCUACAUUUGAUGGUCCCGGCAUUAGUGGGGCCUCUUUCCCAGUCAACAAACCAGUGUUGGUUAUGAUGAAGAACAAGACCAGCAGUGACGCUGAUCCUUCCUGCACUGGUCGAUACGUUUAUAUUCAUAACCUUCCAGGUCGGUUCAACCAUGACUUGCUCCAGAAUUGCCAGGUUCUCACCAGAGGAACUGAUAAACCCAACAUGUGUCCGUACAUGGAGAACUUGGGUUUGGGCCCAGAGGUCGGGAACAAUACUGAAGGGAUUUUGACCAGCAGGAGUUGGUAUUUCACUAAUCAGUUCUUGCUAGAGGUAAUUUUUCACAACAGAAUGAAAAAUUAUAGGUGCUUGACCAAUGAUUCGUCUCUUGCUUCUGCAAUUUUUGUUCCUUUUUACGCCGGUCUUGAUGUCAGUCGCUUUCUCUGGGACUCUAGCCUCACAGUGAGGGAUUCUUCCGGUUUCGACCUUGUUCAAUGGCUUGCCGGAAAACCAGAAUGGAAGAAAAUGUGGGGUAGGGAUCAUUUUCUCGUUUCGGGGAGAAUAUCUUGGGAUUUUAGAAGGCAAUACGAUAAUGAAUCUUACUGGGGUAGCAAGUUCAGGUUUCUGCCUGAAUCCAUGAACAUGUCAAUGUUAGCAGUAGAAGCAAGUUCUUGGAAUAAUGACUAUGCAAUACCAUACCCAACUUCCUUCCAUCCCUCAAAUGAUGAUGAAAUUCUCGGGUGGCAAGAGAGAAUCAGGCACCAAAAGAGACCCUAUUUGUUUACUUUCACCGGAGCUCCAAGGCCUGAACUUGAAGACUCCAUUAGAGGAAAGAUCAUAGACCACUGCAAAGCUUCAAGUGUCUGCAGGUUCGUGGAUUGUAGCAACGGCGGAGAGAAAUGUGACAACCCCAUUAAUGUUAUAGAGGUGUUUGAACAAUCUGUUUUCUGCUUGCAGCCGCCAGGUGAUUCAUACACCAGAAGAUCCAUUUUUGAUUCUAUGUUGGCGGGCUGUGUUCCUGUCUUCUUUCAUCCAGGUACAGCUUAUUCGCAGUAUUUGUGGUUUCUUCCCAAGAACAGGACCAAGUACUCUGUGUAUAUUCCUGUGAGGGAUGCGAGGGAAUGGCUUGUCAAUGUGGAGAAGGUGCUGCUGGGAAUAUCAGAGGAAGAAGUGUAUGCAAUGAGAGAUGAGGUGAUAAAGCUGAUUCCAAGGAUAAUUUAUGCAGAUCCGAGGGCUAAGUUGGAAAAUUUUGAAGAUGCAUUUGACGUAGCUGUACAAGGUAUGAUAGAAAGGAUAGAGCAGGUGAGGGAAGUCAUUAGGAAUGGAGGAGAUCCCAGUGUUGGAUUUGCAGAUGAGGAUCAUUACAAGUAUACAUUUUCAGAUAAUUAAGAUUAAGAGUAGAGGGAAGUGGCUUUUUCCCCUUUCACUUUGGGGAGGAUGCAAGGCAUAAAUUGUAGUAGUUAUGGGAAAUAAUCUAAGAUAGGGAUUAAUGAUAUAAUUGAUUGUGCAACUAUAGUAAUAUAGUAUACGUUGGUGAUCCCAGUUUUGGACGUUUGGGCAGCUGAGAUCGAAGAUUUCGCUAAUAAUAUUUCUGGGCCAAUACGCUAAAAAUGAGCAGGGAGGAUGGAGAGAGUGCGAGGGAGGGAAGGAAAGAGGUGUCGGUGGAUGCCGACAGUGAACAGUGAGGAUGGGACAGGGGAUAUGCUAUCCAUGUGACCAAACAUCCCUUCCGCCCCUUCUUGGGUGACUGUCUGACUGACUGCUGCUCCCCUUUAGCCACAAUCUUCGCCUCUGAUUGAGCAGCUAUCCGAAUCUCCCAACCUUUUAUGAAAAUUGAAAAGUCACCUUUCAUUAUUUUCCUGUGAUUUUUAUCAUUUCGUUUUCACAUCAUCCUAUUGAUUUUCAUUAACUUAUCCAA